CUCACUUAACCAAUCUAAACAAACAAACAAACAAAAUAUGAAGAGAAGACUUUUACUCAUAAACUCUUCCCUCUCAUUUCUCCCUCUCUUCCUCCUCCUCCUCCUCGGCCUCCUCACGGCGUCACACGCGCUGCCCCUCUCAACGAGUUCUCGAUGGAUUGUCGACGAGGAGGGGCAUCGCGUGAAGUUGGCGUGCGUGAACUGGGCAUCACACCUAGAGUUGGUGGUGGCAGAAGGACUAGGUCAUCAACCAGUUGAUGUUAUAUCAAAGAAAAUAAAAGAUUUGGGAUUUAAUUGUGUUAGGCUAACAUGGCCUCUUUAUUUGGCUACUAAUGAGUCCUUAGCUUGUCUUACUGUAAGAGAGUCUUUUGUGAAUGCUGGGCUUUCAGAUUCUAUUUCUGGGUUACAAGCUAAUAAUCCCUCCAUUGUUGACCUCUCUCUGAUCAAUACUUUCCAGGCAGUGGUGGCAAGCCUAACAAACAACAAAGUAAUGGUGAUUCUGGACAAUCAUAUAAGUACGCCAGGAUGGUGUUGCAGCAAAUAUGAUGGUAAUGGGUUCUUUGGAGACCAAUACUUCAAUCCUGACCUUUGGAUCAAUGGCUUAACCAAGAUGGCAACACUUUUCAAAGACAAUCCAUUUGUUAUUGGUAUGAGUUUAAGGAAUGAACUUCGUGGGCCUAAACAGAAUGUUAAUGAUUGGUAUAGAUGUAUGCAAAGAGGAGCAGAAGCAGUGCAUGGAGCCAACCCAAAUGUACUAGUCAUCCUUUCGGGCCUAAGCUACGACAAAGACUUCAGUUUCCUUCGCAAACAACCAAUCUCUCUAAGUUUCACCGGAAAGUUAGUUUUCGAGGCACAUUGGUACGCCUUCUCAGAUGGGGAAGCAUGGAAAAAUGGAAACUCAAACCAAGUUUGUGGGAAGUUGGUGAACAACAUAAUGGGAAUGUCUGGGUUUUUACUUGAUCAAGGAUUUCCUUUGUUUGUGAGUGAGUGGGGGGUAGACUUGAGAGGCACAAAUACUAAUGACAAUAGAUACUUAAAUUGUUUUCUUGCUUGGAUAGCUGAACAUGACUUGGAUUGGGCAUUAUGGACUUUGGCUGGGAACUAUUAUUUGAGAGAAGGGGUAGUUGGGAUGGUAGAAUAUUAUGGAUUGUUGAAUUCUGAUUGGACUCAAGUUCGUAAUACAAGCUUCUUGGAAAGGAUUUCUGUUAUCCAAUCUCCUCUUCAAGGGCCAGGAAUGUCACAACGCACUGAACACAACAUUAUAUAUCACCCAUCAACAGGACUCUGCGUCGUCAAAAAACCAAUGACGCCUAUGGGGGUGCAGCUUGGAAAUUGUGCUGAAUCCAACCGCUGGACUUACACACCUUCACAGACACUUACUAUAAAGGGUUCAUACCUUUGCUUGCAUGCACAAGGUAUGAAUCUCCCUGCCAGACUCAGCCUCUAUUGUCCGGGGGUCGGAACGAGGUGGACACCGAUCUCAGACUCGAAACUGCAUCUCUCAGCUUCACUGAGCAGGCGUGUUACUGUUUGUUUGGAUGUAGAUUCUGAUAACAAUCUCAUUACCACCACAUGCAAGUGUUUAAGUAAUGAUAAUAAGUGUGAUCCUGGGAGCCAGUGGUUUAAGAUCGUUGAAGUUGCUGAUACAAUCACUACAAGUUUACAACAAAUAGAGCCUGAAGUGAUAUAAUCGAAGUGAUAAACUCCUUAGUAUAUACUAGAAGUAUAUGGUCAGUUCUGUCGUGUAUACAUCUAUAUAUAUAUAUAAAACAAGGUUCAUUUUG